UCUCCAAAUCCAUAGGCUAUAACAAGCAGAAGUCAAAGUACGAACGGGAAGCUUUGCUCCAAUCCAGCAACCAUCAAUGAGAUAAAUGGAAACGCUAAUAAAUAGCUUUCUCCAGGUAUAUAACUAUUAAAGUAACUUACAGCCCUAAAUCCAGUUCCACUGUGGCAAACAGACCCAAGACUGACUGAAUGAAUGUCAUAAUGAGUGAGACAGUCAAAAUUCUGGUGAUGGUGACCUCUGGUGGUUGAGUGGUUAACUUGAGCCAAGAUCAUAUCAAUACCAGAAUAUCAAGUUCAUGACUGACCGCAGCACCAUAGCUGUAAGGAUCCAAAACCGACUCACUUCUGUGAACAAACAUGCUUGUGUCAUUUUACGGAGCACUUUUCAUUGCCUGUUUGCCAUAUACUGAAGGUCAAAGUUAUCAUGAAUAUGGCUUGAUUGAAUCAUGCAGUGGAUCAGCUGGAAGUAAUGAAAUUCUCUUCACUUAUGAUACUGAAGUGGCUGCAUAUAUGGAUUUAGAAGAUGCAAAAAUAGUUCUCUUGGUACCUGAUGUUGUAUAUGGUAUUGCUGGCUUUGAUACAUUACCCUUAGACAUCAAUUUCAACCCCAUUGAUGUUAGAUUGUUGUGCAAAGAUGCUUAUUCCAGGACGCUCUCUCUUAAUAUAUCUGAACCUCCUCUUGAAUCCCCAUAUACCUCAAUUUACCCCAGGAACGAAGUGAAAUUAAAUGUCAAUAAUACCCUUAUUUGUCUGGUUUCUGGAUUCUUCCCUCCACCUGUCAAAGUUUCAUGGACCAAGAACAAUGUGAAUGUGACAGAUGGAUCAACUGUCAGCAGAUACUAUCCCAACAAAGAUGGGACACUUAAUGUAUUUUCUCGACUGAGCUUCAUUCCAGAGGAAGGAGACAUUUACAGCUGUUCUGUGGAGCACAAAGCCCUUCCACAACCUCAAACCAGAACAUGGGAUAUAACGGAGCCCAGCAUCGGCCCAUCAGUGUUCUGUGGAGUUGGUCUGGCUCUUGGGCUGCUGGGUUUGGUCACUGGAGUCUUUUUUAUCGCCAAAGAGAAAAAAUGGAUAUAGUUAUACUGAUACAGCAACAGUGACACUGUUGUUAGUUAUUUUGUCAUGUAAAGAUGACAUGUAAAUUUGCAUUGCAAAAUCUGCUUUAGCUCAAAUACA